AACAUAUUUAGGAAAGUCCCGGUCAGUAUUAUGAAUUUAUCAUUUUAUGACUCCAAAAUUUGAAAAGGUAUAAAAGCACAAAUUUGUAUUGCCUUGGCACUAAUGAUGUCACAUUGUUCUCCCACAGAAGAAUUAUUGAUCCUGUAAUUUAUGGCAGAUUAUGAAACAAACGAAGAGGAAGAAGAGGUAGAGGUGUACGUUAAGAUCAGGUUCAGGAUAGAAAGCUGGGAUGGUACGGUCAAGGAACAUGAAGCAGAUUUACCUGGAUCUGUCAAAAUUAAAGAUUUGAAAGACGAACUACGAGACGAGCUUGGUGAUCCCGAAACUAAAGAAUGGUUUUUAGUCAAGCAGAACGGAGGCGAGAAACACAUGCCUGAUGAUGAUGUCAUAAACGAGCUCUGUAGUGAUCUGCUAGGAGACGACCUCCUGAUUGUUUCAGUUCGCGACAACAGAACUGACUUCACGUCAGAUGCCAUACCUGUCAUGGAGCAGGGUCAUUGAUUUUUUUUAAAUAUAAUUUUUAUUUUUUUAAAAUUCCAGUUUUGGUUUUCAUUUUGACCACAAGCCUCGUUAGUUGAACACUCUGCAAGCCUACUCAAGUAUGACGUGAAAUGCAUUGCAUUAAAUAAAAAAAAAUUUAGGGAACUGUUAGUAGGUAACCAUUGCUGACUCUUUAACAACUCCUAAUAUUUGUCCUUGUUUUCAGACUUUGCCAAAGUAAACAUAACUAUUUGCUUGAUUGCACCCGUCCAUCUUAGCCUAUUUCUCUAUAUUUCACUUUUUUAAUUGACUUGUAUGCAUGAAUGUCAAAAGGCGUAUAAAGUUGUUUGUCCAUGCAGAUAUAAGAUGAUAGUACUAACACUACCGAUAGUGUCGCCUCGCAAAUAAUUAAAUUACUAAAAUUUGUUUAAGUUUUUUUAAA